AUGUCGACUGGCUCCUCUCACCGUACGGCGCCCUCAACAGGGACUCCUGACUCCACCGACAACACUUUCGACCGCUUUGAUAACAGCGCCUCCAGCAGGCCUGCUCUCCCAUACAACGUAGGCGCCACGUUUGUUGCUCAUCGCCACGAAUCACCCGUGCCUUUCGGUCAUGGCUACAACGUUCCUUGGCCACCUUUCAAGACGGGCUAUUUCAGACUACCGCAAAUCAACUACUGCCUAGUUCGACAGCCAACUGAAGGACGUACACUAGAUGAUUCCUGCACGCUGACCAUCACCGACAUGAUACGCACUGGAUAUUCACAUGCCGCUCAAGUUGUUGAAGUCAACGGGAGUAUGGUGGCGAAGAUAUACGACCCGCUAUACGACGCUGGAGGUGACUGUUACAACAACAAGCGCGACGUUGUUGUACUAGCCGAUGGAGACUACUCAAGGGAAGCUGCGGCGUACGAGGAGCUAGAGAAAUGUUCUAUAGCGCGUACAUAUACGCCCAAGUACUAUGGCAGCUGGACGGUCGAAGUACCCACAACACUCAGCAACCAGACCUACAUACGACAUGUUCGUCUCAUACUGAUGGAACACAUCACUGGUACCGUUAUGAGCAACAUUCAAACUCAGCUACUCUCCCGACGAACGCGCUCAGCGAUCAUGGAGAAAGUUUUAGUGGCCGAGUCUCACAUCUACAACGCCGGUAUAUUGCACCGCGACAUGUCACCCCGCAACGUCAUGCUCGUGUCCCCGUCAUCAUAUCCCUCCUUGGACGACCCAGAUCUCCGCAUUGUCAUCAUUGAUUUCAACGUUUCUAAUGUUGUCCGUCUUAGCGCCACCUCUUGCCACGGUGAUCCAAAUCCCGUAACUAUUCAAAAGCAGUGGCCUAGUAAGGUUCUCAGCCCUGUGAUAAGGUUCUGGAACGCGAUGCAAGAGUUUGAGGCUAGGGAUUGGGUAAACGAUGAGUAUGGGAAGAUGAAUGAGUGGCUGUGGGAGUGUUUUGGGGUUAGCGAAGACUAUGUACCGCUUGUUAGGGACUGGGAUGAUAAGGAGGUGUGCCCGAGGAUUGCUUUGCGUAGCGGGCUUGAAGAUGAUGAUGAGGCGGAGGAGGAGGAGGAGGAGGAGGAGGAGGAGGAGGAAAAUGGAGAUGGGGUUCUCAGAAAUAUGGUGGAGAGUCCAGGUGCAGGUGGUAGGGAUGAUGAUGAGGUCGUCUUCCAGGGCCGGGGCUGCAAGAUUUCGGUAAGCUACUGA